AUGACCGAGGACGCGCUGCGAGCUUCGUACAAGAGCUGGACGACCUCGCCGGCAAUCGUCAUCGGCAGUUUGGAUUUCACUCUUCUUUUCUUCUGUACUCCUAUUGAUUGGUCGAUUAGGGGCAUUGAAAAAAUCACUCCACCAAGUGUUGCAAAUUAUCUUGAUGCAGAUACGACAUCGAAAAAAAGGAGACAAGAUCAUGUGUCGCACAUUGAAGUUGCCUCCCAACCUGCUCAGAGUGAGUGUGCCAUUGACUCAUCCACACACCAUGCAGAGAAGGCCAGAGUCGUCAUCCAAGGAGAGCUCGAUGGAAAUGACCGCAUGGAUUGUGAACGAAAGGCAAUUCUCAAGUCUGCCUUGCAGUUCGUGGAUGUUACUGGGCAGCGGAAAACCUCAAUUGCCGACAAAUCCUCACCGUUAGAAGUGUCGCAUGAAGAUUUUCAGCAUGAUGGUCCAUUUAUUGCCCCAUCACCAGAGCUGCUUUAUAUGCUUCUUCCAGACCCAACAACUGCCGAAGGAGGUUCUGCCAGCGUACAAUGGCCGGACCACAUCUCAGAUACAACAAUGGAGAAGAUGGCUUCCACCAUUCUCAGUGAUGAUGACCAUGAGCAUGGGCAACUGAUAUACCAGUAUUCUAUAUGCAUUUAUGUGAAGGCCAUCUUCCAUCUUUAUCAAAAACCGAGAGCAUGCAAAGAUCCCCGUAUCAACGCCCAGUUUCUGAAAUCCAAGAAAUUAUAUGAAACGUAUGCCUUUCGCGCUCUCAAGAAUCUCAGUUUCUUGAAUGCCCCAACCCUUUCGUUUGUUCAGGCGUUGCUAUCCGCUGCAUUUUUCAUGCAGUAUCUUGGCAACAUGAGUCAAAGCUGGAUUCUCAAUUCAUACGCUGCUCGUCUGAUUACCGCUCUGGGCUAUCAUGACAUUCGCAAUCCGCACGAGAAUUCAAGCCUCGACGAAGAGAUCAAUAGCGCUGUAUGCUGGUGCUUUUACCUCGACCGAACUCUGAGCACCCUUCUUUAUCGGCCGCUGUCACUGCCGGAGCCUCGUGUCUCUCCCACAAAUCUGAUUAGCUCCGAGCUGCCUCAGUCCCAUAUCCCAUUAAUUUGGCUCAGGUCCAAGGAGAGUUGUUGA